AUGAGCUUAGAAAAUGACGAGAAGAGAGCUCGCACGAGAUCCAAGGCCCUCCGAGCUCCCCCAGAGCCCACAGGUGCCGACCUCAGCUGCCCCACUCCCGGAUGCGCGGGCUCGGGACACAUCCGGGCCAAGUACUCCAGGCACCGAAGUUUACUGAGCUGCCCUCUGGCCAAGAAGAGGAAGCUGGGGGGCGCCGAGGCCGAGCACCUGGGGUCCAAGCGGAAGGCGCACCCCCUGAAGCUGGCUCUGGACGAGGGCUACGGCGUGGACAGCGACAGCAGCGAGGAUGCCGAGGUGAAGGGCGCCUCUGUUUCUGAUGAAUCGGAAGGAACUGCGGAGGAGGACGAGGCUGAGGCGUCAGGACAGGAGGAGAUUCAUCGCCCCGAGCCAGCUGAAGGGAGGAGCCCCAUCAAGGCCCGUUUCGGAUCCAGUCCCAUCAGCAGCCUCACGGGCUCCUCCAAGGGCAGCUACAGCAGCUAUCAGGAGAUCAUUGCAACUUCUCUCCUAAAUUUGGGCCAAAUCGCCGAAGAGACACUGGUCGGGGAAGACUCGGGCCAGGGGGCCAAGCGGGGCGCCGGCAUCGUGCGCCUGGUGCGGGAGGAGGCUGAGGAAGGAGCCACCAGCGGUGCGGGGGAGAAGGGUGUCUUCGUCCAGCCGGAGGACGCAGAGGAAGCGAUCGAAGCUACCAGGGAGCGCUCCCAGGAGCUGUGUCCCCAGUCCCUGGAGGGUGUGGCCAGCGAGGAGUCCAGCAAGCAGGGGGUGGCCCUGGGCACUGAGCGGGGGGAUGCCCCGCCUGACGCGAUCUGCCAGGAGCAGGCCCCCCCCGCCCCCCGCCCGGAGGCCUCUGAGCCCCGACGCCCGGCGCCGCCCAGCCCCAGGCCCGCGUACUCCGUCCUCGUGGAAGUGCGCUCUGAUGACAACGGCAAGGACGAGGACUCGAGGUCCCAGAAGUCCACAGUCACGGACGAGUCGGAGAUGUACGACAUGAUGACCCGCGGGAACCUGGGCCUCCUGGAGCAGGCCAUCGCCCUGAAGGCCGAGCAGGUGCGGGCCGUCCGUGAGCCGGGAUGCCCACCCGCCGAGCAAGGCCCGCUGGGCCCGGGCGAGCCGGGGAAGGCGGCAAGGCCCCUGGACGCCGCCCGGAAGAGCUACUGCAGCAAAGAUCCCUCAAGAGCUGAGAAGCGUGAGAUCAAGUGUCCGACACCAGGCUGCGACGGCACCGGCCACGUCACUGGGCUGUACCCGCACCACCGCAGCCUGUCUGGCUGCCCCCACAAGGACAGGAUCCCCCCGGAGAUAUUGGCCAUGCAUGAGAACGUGCUCAAGUGCCCCACUCCUGGCUGCACAGGCCAGGGCCACGUGAAUAGCAACCGUAACACGCACAGAAGUUUGUCUGGGUGUCCCAUUGCUGCUGCCGAAAAAUUAGCCAAAUCUCAUGAGAAGCAACAGCCACCGACGGGAGACCCUUCCAAGAAUAGCUCCAGUUCGGAUCGGAUCCUCAGGCCCAUGUGCUUUGUGAAGCAGCUUGAGGUCCCUCCGUAUGGAAGCUACCGGCCCAGCGUGGCCUCCACCACACCCAGGGCCAACCUGGCCAAGGAGCUGGAGAAGUUCUCCAAGGUCACCUUCGACUACGCAAGUUUUGACGCUCAGGUUUUUGGCAAGCGCAUGCUUGCCCCAAAGAUUCAGACCAGCGAAACCUCACCGAAAGCCUUUAAAUGCUUCGACUACGCCCAUGACGCGGAGGCCGCACACAUGGCCGCCACGGCCAUCCUGAACCUCUCCACGCGCUGCUGGGAGAUGCCCGAGAACCUCAGCACGAAGCCGCAGGACCUGCCCGGCAAGGCCACGGACAUCGCGGUGGAUGAGAACGGAACCCUGGAUUUGAGCAUGCACAGACACCGCAGGCGGGAGAACGCUUUCCCCGGCGGCGGUGGCGGCCCCGGCGUGACCUCACCCGAUGCCUCCCAGGGCCAGAGCAUCACUGCCCCCAGCAGCUCCGUGACCUCGCCCCAGUCCAGCCAUGCCUCCCGCCAGGACGAGUGGGACCGGCCCCUGGACUACACCAAGCCCAGCCGCCAGCGAGAGGAGGAACCCGAGGAGUCAGAGCCAGCAGCCCAUUCUUUUGCUUCUUCUGAAGCAGAUGACCAGGAAGCGUCGGAGGAGAAUUUUGAGGAGAGGAAGUACCCCGGGGAGGUCACCCUGGCCAACUUUAAGCUGAAGUUUCUCUCCAAGGACAUAAAGAAGGAGCUGCUCACCUGUCCCACCCCCGGCUGUGACGGCAGCGGCCACAUCACUGGGAACUAUGCUUCCCACCGCAGCCUCUCUGGUUGCCCUCUUGCUGACAAGAGCCUCAGAAACCUCAUGGCUGCCCAUUCUGCUGACCUCAAGUGCCCCACACCCGGCUGCGACGGCUCCGGCCACAUAACGGGGAACUACGCAUCGCACCGGAGCUUGUCAGGCUGCCCUCGUGCCAAGAAAAGCGGAGCCAAGGCUACACCCGCAAAGGAUGACAAGGAAGACCCUGAGCUGAUGAAGUGCCCAGUUCCAGGCUGCGUGGGGCUUGGUCACAUCAGCGGCAAAUACGCCUCUCACAGAAGUGCGUCGGGCUGCCCUCUGGCCGCCCGAAGGCAGAAAGAGGGCUCCCUCAAUGGCUCAUCCUCCUCCUGGAAGCCCCUGAAGAACGAGGGGCCCACCUGCCCCACCCCGGGCUGCGACGGCUCUGGCCAUGCCAACGGCAGCUUCCUCACCCACAGGAGCUUGUCCGGCUGUCCCAGAGCGACCUUCGCUGGAAAGAAGGGAAAAGUCUCAGGGGAUGAGGUUCUCGGCACGAAAUUCAAGACGAGUGAUGUGCUGGACAGCGACGAGGAGAUCAAGCAGCUGAACCAGGAGAUUCGCGACCUGAACGAGUCCAACUCCGAGAUGGAGGCCGCCAUGGUGCAGCUGCAGUCCCAGAUCUCGUCCAUGGAGAGGAGCCUGAAGAGCAUCGAGGAGGAGAACAGGCUCAUCGAGGAGCAGAACGAAGCCCUGUUCCUGGAGCUGUCCGGCCUGAGCCAAGCCCUCAUCCAAAGUCUUGCCAACAUCCGCCUUCCGCACAUGGAGCCAAUAUGCGAACAGAAUUUUGAUGCCUAUGUAAGCACCCUCACCGACAUGUACUCCAACCAGGAGUGCUACCAGAACCCCGAGAACAAGGACCUCCUCGAGAGCAUCAAGCAGGCCGUGAGGGGCAUCCAGGUCUAG